AUGGCGUUGUUGCGUAGAUUGUUCUAUCGGAAACCGCCGGAUGGACUGUUUGAGAUCUGUGAGCGAGUAUACGUUUUUGAUUGCUGUUUCACUACCGAUGCUUGGAAGGAGGAAAACUAUAAGGUUUACAUAGGUGGGAUACUUGGUCAACUGCAAGAGCACUUACCUGAUGCGUCAUUCUUGGUCUUCAAUUUUCAUGAUGGUUCGGCACAGAGCCAAAUGGCUGGCAUCUUGUCUGAAUACGAUAUGACCAUAAUGGAUUACCCUCGACACUUUGAAGGUUGUCCUGUCCUGACGAUGGAGUUGAUCCAUCACUUUCUUAGAUCAAGUGAAAGCUGGUUAGGACUUGGGCACAACAACGUGCUUUUGAUGCAUUGUGAGCGUGGAGGUUGGCCAGUUUUAGCCUUCAUGCUGGCUGCACUCUUGAUUUACAGGAAGCAUUAUACUGGUGAGCAUAGGACGUUGGACAUGGUUUACAGGCAGGCUCCCCUCGAGCUUUUGCAUUUGCUAUCAGCCUUAAAUCCAAUUCCUUCUCAACUUAGGUAUCUACAGUAUGUAUCGAGGAGGAAUGUAGCCUUAGAAUGGCCUCCUCUGGAUCGAGCACUUACCUUGGACUGCAUCAUUUUUAGAUUUAUUCCUAAUUUUGAUGGGGAAGGAGGUUGCUGUCCUAUAUUUCGCAUCUAUGGGCAAGACCCUUUUCUUGUUACUGAUCGAACUUCCAAAGUUUUGUACUCGACUCCUAAACGAAGCAAAACCGUCCGGGGUUACAAGCAGGCAGAAUGUGAACUGGUUAAAAUUGAUAUUAAUUGUCAUAUUCAAGGUGAUGUUGUGAUUGAAUGCAUUAGCUUGCAUGAUGACAUGGAACGUGAACAGAUGAUGUUCCGUGUCAUGUUCAAUACAGCUUUUAUUAGGUCUAACAUCUUGAUGCUGAACCGUGAUGAAAUAGACAUGUUGUGGGAUGUAAAGGAUCAAUUUCCAAAGGACUUCAGAGUAGAGAUCCUUUUCUCAGAGAUGGAUGCUGUCACAUCCAUUAUUCUUGGUGGUCUUUCAUGCUUUGAGGACAAGGAGGGACUACCGAUGGAAGCAUUCUCUCAAGUUCAAGAGAUCUUUAGUUAUGUUGAUUGGUUAGAUCCCAAGGCAGAUGCCGCACUGAAUGUUUUUCACCAGUUAGGUGCGUCGAAUAUCCCCCAUGAAAAGUGGGAUGCUGAUUCUCCCCGGAGUGACAGAAAUGUAAUGCAGGAAAGAAUUCCUAAACAGAUACAAGAUAAGAAGAUACCCUCGGAGGUGCAGCCUUCUGCCUCACCUAGGCGAGCUCCAGAUACAAGUGUCAGUAAACAGGAAGAUAAACCUCUAGAUGUGCAGCAACCCGAUCAAGGUGAUUUAGUGACCCGGCAUACGCCCCAACCUCCUCAGUCAAAGCCAAUGAAAGCAUUCUUUCAAGUUCAGGAGGUCUUGAGCCAAGUGGCGUCACCUACAGAAUCUCCAGAUAGUACUGUGACUAAACCUGAUGUAAAGCCUCAAGACACUAAUACUGCACAGCAGCCGCCUAACCAAUCUGAUUUAGUGUCCCAGCAGAAGUCCAAACCUCCCACAUUAAUACCAAUGGAAGCUUUUGUUCAAGUUCAAGAGAUCUUCAGCCGUGUAGCUUCACCUAAGAAAUCUCAAGAUACCCCUUUCAAUAAGCAAGAACCUAAACCUCAAGAUACUUAUACUGCAUUUCAGCCACCCAUUCCCCAACCUUGUAUGUCAACUCCAGUUUCUCCUAAAGCUCAAAGUGUUUCAGUUGCACCACCAACACCUCCACCAGCUCCUCCAGCGCAACCUACUGCUGCUGUAACAACUCCCCCUCCCCCAAUACCCCCACUUCAACCUCAAUGUACUACACUUCCAAAGCCGAAAGAUUCACUAUCCCAACCAUCUAGCCCUGGGAGGUUACCACCCUCCUCUUCUCCAGUUACUAAUGUUACUUCAUCAUUGCAGUCUCCUCCACCUCCUCCUCCUCCAACUCCUCCUUUGAAAGAGAACCUUGCUGCUACUUCUAGACCUCCCCCACCUCCUCCUCCUCCAACUCCUCCUUUGAAAGAUAACCUUGCUGCUACUUCUAGACCUCCCCCACCUCCACCGCCUCCUCUUCACUCAGGACAAGCUGGGAGCACUACAAAUUCAUCUCCAGUUCCAGCACCACCUAGUGCCCCUCCCCCUCCUCCUCCUCCUCUUUUAGGAAAAUCUAUAGGUACUUCUGUUCCUUCUGCUCCACCUCCUCCAGCACCAGGAGGUCCCAAGCUGGGAACUCCUCCACCACCACCACUUAGCUCCACAAGUAAUGCAAAAAGCCGUCUAUCACGUACCAUGAGUUUCAAGGAGAAUCAAAAGAAACUGAAGCCAUUACACUGGUUGAAACUAUCAAGAGCAGUUCAGGGAAGCUUAUGGGCUGAGGCUGACAAAACCAGUGAAGACACUAAGGCUCCAGAGAUUGACAUGUCAGAGCUUGAAAAUCUUUUUUCUGCGGCAGUUCCAACUUCGGAUCAUGGCAAGAAAGGAACUGCACCAGGUCCAGUUGCUCCUAAAUCUGAGAAAGUACAACUGAUUGACCACAGACGGGCGUACAAUUGUGAAAUCAUGCUUUCAAAGGUGAAGGUUCCAUUGCAUGAGUUAAUGAAUUCGGUGCUUGCCCUGGAAGAUACAGCAUUAGAUCCAGACCAGGUCGAGAACCUAAUAAAGUUUUGUCCAACUAAAGAGGAGAUAGAGCUACUUAAGGGAUAUAAGGGAGACAAGGAGAAACUAGGAAAAUGUGAACAGUUCCUGUUAGAGUUAAUGAAAGUACCUCGAGUGGAAUCUAAGCUCAGAGUUUUUUCCUUCAAAAUACAGUUCUCUUCCCAGGUUUCUGACCUUAGGAAAAGCCUGAAUGUUGUAAACUCUGCAGCAGAAGAGAUCAGAAAUUCAGUCAAGUUGAAAAGAGUUAUGCAGACAAUUCUUUCCCUAGGGAAUGCUUUGAACCAAGGGACAGCAAGGGGGGCUGCUAUUGGAUUCAGACUGGAUAGUCUUCUUAAACUCAUUGACACUCGCGCAAGGAACAACAAGAUGACUCUCAUGCAUUAUCUUUGUAAGGUUCUUGCGGACCAACUACCAGAGGUUCUAGAUUUCUAUAAGGACCUAACCAGCUUAGAGCCUGCAUCAAAGAUACAAUUGAAAUUUUUGGCAGAGGAAAUGCAAGCAGUAAGUAAAGGAUUGGAGAAAGUUGUACAGGAACUAUCUACUUCUGAAAGUGACGGUCCAAUAUCAGAAAAUUUCCGCAAGACUCUAAAGGGGUUCCUCCGUUCUGCUGAAGCCGAGGUGAGAUCUUUGGCUUCACUAUAUUCUACAGUGGGUAGGAAUGUGGAUGCAUUGAUUCUUUAUUUUGGAGAAGAUCCUGCAAAAUGCCCAUUUGAACAAGUUAUUUCAACCUUACUGAACUUUGUCAGAAUGUUCGUCAAGUCCCACGACGAAAAUUGCAAGCAGAGUGAGCUUGAAAUGAAAAAAGCAGCAGAAACUGAGAAGGUCAAGAUGGGUGCUUCCAAGCAGUCAGAACGUGUGUUACGUACUCCAAUCCAUAAUAGCAACGUCAAAUGAAAUAGUCCAGCUUCCAAAUGUGAAGUGUUCCUUGUCUUAGCUAGCUAAAAUCUAGGACAAUUUUUUUCCUUUCCUCUUUCCUUUUUGUUUC